CCGCGAACUUUUUCAAUAAUUGACUCACCUCUCCACAGGUUCCCAACGAAGUACGGAGACGUAGAGAUCACAUUAUACUCCUGGUCAUCCUUUCGCUUCCUUUCGAACCGGUGGUGUUUUGUUAUCCCCUUCAAUAUUACGAUUCAAUCACACGAUGUUAAAACGUCGUUUUGUUCCGUGUGUAUUUGACGAGGUCGAGAACGUCGAGGAUUAUCAACCAGGGGGUUUCCACCCUAUGCGUAUCGGUGACAAAUUUGACAACGGGCGUUACAGGAUUCUCCACAAACUUGGAAAUGGGGGAUCCUCUACUAUUUGGCUAGCUCGUGAUGAACAUUCUUCCGAAUCAGGUGUAGGAAAACUAGUGACUAUCAAAGCCUUACGAGCUGACGCUUCCAAAAUCAAUUCUCCUGAACUGGUUGUUCCCACUUUAAUGCCUAGCUCCGAAUCUUUUGACUUUUAUAGAAAGGUCGAGGACAAUUUCGCUGUGAAUGGGCCCAAUGGCACUCAUAUGUUUAUCGUCUAUGCGUUCGCUGGUCCCAGUGUUAGAGCGAUAUCAAAAUCCCCAGAGAAUCGGCGCCUACGUGCUGAUUUAGCUAGGAAGAUUGCAGCGCAGGCUUCUAGCGCGUUGCAGCGCAUACAUCAUGCAGGAUUCAUUCACGGGGACUUCACUACGUCAAAUUUUCUUUUUCGUUUGACAGACGAUGUCCACAAAUGGUCCGAUGAUGAAGUUUACUUUCAACUAGAGUCUCCGGAAACGGACGCAGUACAAAUGCUCAACGGUCAGCCUAUAGGGCCUCAGGUGCCUUCAGAGGUUACCGAAGCUAUCGAUUCUUUUAUAUUCUUCGAAAACGACCUCCUGCAGGAGAGCAUCGUUGUCGUUGACUUUGGGCAAUCAUAUGCUGCUUCUGAACCCCCUAAGGACUACAAACCCAGGACCAUGAUUAACUACAUGUCGCCAGAGACUCGUUUCGAAGGGCGCGUAGGUCCUGAGUCGGACGUGUGGACCUUAGGCUGUGCUAUCUUCGAAAUCAGAGCCGGUUUCCCGCUCUUCGAUCCGUUCUUUCCCAGCGAUGCAGUCAUUCUCACAAAGAUAGUCGGUACGCUAGGACGGUUGCCUGAUCCCUGGUGGAAUGUUUUCAAAAAUCGACACCUGUUUGAGGAAGAUGGCCGGCCUAAAACAAAUGGCAUAGCGGUCACCCCAUCUAUUCGAGAGCUUCUACAAUCUAUAGGUACUCGUGAUGAGAUCCUGGAUUCUGAUGGAGGCUCGAUGUUUGAACAGACUGAGACAAGGAUAGAUGGAACUGAGGUGGACCUCUUGGUGGACCUCUUAGAAAAAAUGCUGAGGUACCGGCCGGAGGAUAGGAUAGGAGUCGAUGAGGUUGUUAACCAUUCUUGGUUCAAGGUUUGAAUAAAAAGGGAAGAAUGAGAGUUUGCGCAGGCGGUGCAUCUUUUGCAGUUUGCCAGGGUUUGAUUGUGUCUGCGUCUUGCUCAUCAUGCGGGAGCGUCUAAUCAAGCAGAUUGAUACAUAACGGCUUAGUUGAGUUUUCAUCCAUCCUUGCUCAUAUUUCAAUUCAGAUCUUUACUACACUGGUAACUCUUGAUUCGUAAGUGUUUCCAAGGAUAUUGAGAUCCUUCCUUUCACUCCCUUCGAAUUGAUUUGAGAAGAUUGUCAAUUUGCCUGUAAACUUGCUAGCCUAGAAACAAAAGGAUUCAAAUUUCGUUAUUUUACACACAAUAUAGAGAAACUUUGAUUCGUCUAUGUAGAUUAUCUACAUUGUUAUUGAUGCAGACAAAGACGAAUGAACAAUGUUCA